CGACAUUCUAUAUUAAGCCUCUUUCCAGAAGUUGUUUCCUACCGGUAGUGUUUCGUAAUUCGACAAUUCCGGCAUGCUAAUUGGUUAUUAGUAUUAGUACCAACAGGUCUGCAACAUAUUUUCCUUGUUUACCGCUCAUUAUUUAGUAAUUGAGCGGCGUAAGCCGUCUGGUGGCGGCGACAAUGAUGCCAAGGUUUGGCCAGGCGUCCAUGCGGCAUGACUGCACUGCUGCCGCAACUUCUUCACAUGCAUCGCUUUCCAGCCACAAGUUCCUACAGCUGCGUACGGCACCGGCUAGUGCUGUCGCUGUACCCCGUCCUCUUGCCAGUCCCUUCCUAAAUCACAUGGGUGCUAAACGUGGUGAAGCCAUUGUCCCAAGGGUAGCAGCGCCGGCGCCACCAUCUCCCAUGGAAGCCGUAAAUGCCUCCGCCGCUGUAGCUCCGAUUACUACUAUCGCGGCUGGCAGCAGCAGUGGCUACGGCAGCACUGAUAGACAGGGCCAGGACACCACCGGAUUCGUCCCUGGCAGCAGCAGCAGCAGCAGCACUGGCAUUGCUCGAGGCGGCAGCGGCGGCCGGUUCCCUGGUCGCGGGGGCCGCGGACGUGGGGCUCGUGGGGGGCGUGGUGGACGCGGUUAUGGUGGAGGUUACUAUGGAGGCCGUACGGCAGGACCAGAUCAGCUGCUGCAUGCGACCCAUGGGUCUGUCCUGGUGGCUGCUGGUCAGCAGGGCCCGGUGGUGGUGGUACCUGGGGAGCUCGAGGCCAUGAGGCAACAGGUGGCCCGGCUGACCGACCUCCUAGCGGAGCAGCGGCAGCGGGAUGUCGAGCUCAGGAGGCAGCACUGGGAGCUGCGGAAGCAGCUGAACACCCUGCUGCAGAGCUUCCGAGAGGCAACAGUUCCGCAGCCGCCCCUUCCACCGCCAGCAGCAGCAGCAGCAGUGCCAACGGCUACUGCCACCACCAUCACCACCACCGCCGCCACUGUCAACCCAGCAGCUGCAGCAGCUCCAACCCCGACACCUGACGCCGUCGCUACCGCUGCUGCCGUCGAUGCGCCCGUCGGCUCCACAGCCGCCGUACCCGCUGCCAUGGACCUUCCGUCGGAGGAAGCAGUGACCGCAUCCGCCGCUGCUGUUGCUACUCCUGCUGCUACAGCUUCGGUUUCGACAGGAGCAACAUGGGCGGAUGAAGUAGCAGCAAGUUCCCCCGUCUCCGCCCCUGCCGCUGCCGUUG